GUGGCCCUGGUCGCCUGGUACCCUAUCCCGCCCACGCUGCUCCUGGAGAAUUCUGCUUGAGUGCCAGCCAUCUGUGCAAGCCCUGGACCCACCUGGCUCUUAUUCUCCAUCUGCCUUCUCUGACCCUCUUCCUCCCCCCAUCCUGCGGCAGCCAUGGUCUGGAAGAAGCUGGGCCCCGGCAACUUCUCCGACUGCCCCAAUGGCUCCCGCCGGUGGAUAUGGGACGUGUUCGGCGAAUGCGCCCAGGACGGCUGGGAUGAGGCCAGUGUGGGCCUGGGCUUGAUCUCCAUUGUCUGUUUUGCAGCAUCCACCUUCCCCCAGUACAUCAAAGCCUGCAGGACGGGCAACAUGGACCAGGCGCUGUCUCUGUGGUUCCUUUUGGGCUGGAUUGGAGGGGAUUCCUGCAACCUCAUCGGCUCCUUCCUCGCUGACCAGCUGCCCCUGCAGACCUACACGGCGGUGUACUACGUGCUGGCGGACCUGGUGAUGCUGUCCCUCUACUUUCACUACAAGUUUAAGAAGCGCCCCUCUCUGCUGUCUACCCCCAUCAAUUCUGCGCUGCUGUUCAUCUUGGGGAUGGCGUGUGCUGCCCCACUGCUGAGGACCACAGGCCCUGUGGCCGCCCGGAGGGAGGUCUUCCGGGGUCGGACGCUCCUGUCAGUGGAGCCGGGCAGUAAGCCCUUCACUCAGCAGGAGAUCAUCGGCUUCGUCAUCGGCUCAGUCUCCAGCAUGCUCUACCUGCUUUCCCGGCUGCCUCAGAUCCGCACCAACUUCCUGAGGAAGUCCACGCAGGGUGUCUCCUACUCGCUGUUCGCCUUGGUGAUGCUGGGGAACACGCUGUACGGGCUGAGCGUGCUGCUCAAAAACCCGGAGGUGGGCGAGAGCGAGGGCAGCUACGUGCUGCACCACCUGCCCUGGCUCGUGGGCAGCUUGGGCGUGCUGCUGCUCGACACUGUUAUCUCCAUACAGUUCCUGAUAUACAGGGACACGGCCACCUCCUCGGAGCGCCAGCCCCUCCUCCCCAGUUGACCCGGACCCAGGCCAAGCCCAGGACAACGGGGAUCUCCAGACGCUGCUCCCAAGAAGGGACAAGUGCGGGCAGACAUGGUGCUGCUGACCCUGGAGUGGGCCGUGCAGGCAGCCGGGGGUGCCUUAAGGGCCCGGCCCAGGCACCUCCCCCACCUCCGGAACCUGCUGGGUGACUCUUCCAGGAGCCCUGACUGAUGGACUCUUCAGGGGGCAGGGAGUGGGGAACGAGGGGGGUGCCGGGGCUCGUCCCCCCCGAGACACACCCCUAGAAUCUGAAACUGCUGUCCCUGGGAGCCCCCAUGGGGGCUGCAGCUGAGACCUCGGCUCCUCCAAAGGCAGUGGGUGCCCCCCAACUCCCUUCCCUCCGUCUGCCCACGCGCGCACACACACACACACACACACCCCUGGAGCGGGUGUGGUUGUCGCCAGUGUCCCUGGGACUGUCGUGUUGACCGCAGACAGCUCAGUAAACGGCCCCUCCCAGUGAGGCAUCUUUCUGGUGCUCCUUCCCCGAGGUGCUGUGGUCUAGGCUGCGCUGGGCAGCCGCGGUGCACAGGGAUCCGGGCCCCAGCUUCCAGGUCCCAGGUGGGGGUCUAGAGGCUGAGAUGUGGCAGAGCCAAACAGGAGCAGACUGUCCCGCCUCCAGGGGACCUCGGGUUCCGGGACCUGGUUCUCUUUAACAGAAUCCACAUCCGCGGCUGAGGAUCCAGCAGCGAGAAUGACGGGGUCCCAGCCCCUCAGUGCUCGGGAAGCAGCAGGGGAAAAAAAAAAAAAGUUAAGGUUCAGAUCUUGGUUCUGCCUCUUAGCUUCUCUGUGCCUCAGUUACCUCAUCUGUGAAAUGGGUGUAAUUAGCAGAAGUUAGUCCCAAAGUCUGGCAUGUAGUAAGCGUACCAUAAAGGUUAGCUUUGGUAAUUUUCAGUUGGAGGAGAGGCACUUGCAGAUCUCCCUGCAGAUCAGAGACCUUCCUGGAGGAGGGUGACAUGCAGGAGAUCACGUGUGUGUGUGUGCGCGCGCGCGCGCACGUGCACGCGUGCGUGAUAGGCAGAAGGAUGGAGGUGCAGCAGCAGUGGGAAGGGAGGAGAGGACAGGGCUCAGGCCUGAGCUCUGGUCCUGGACCCCAACUUCACUCUGUCUCCCAGACCCCGUUCUGAGUCCACUUACUGGCCAUGCAUCUUUGGGUGCCUGAGGGCUGGUCAGGGAGAGAAGCUGUGGCUCUUCCUGCCCGAGGGACAGGAAGGAGCUCACGGGGGUGGGGGAGGCCCGCAGGCCAGUUUGGUGCCACAUAGAUCGGCAGAGAGUAUCCUCCACCAGGCCCGGCUGUGCUGGGCAUCUGUGAGGGGGGCGACCGGGCUCUGGUCCUUGUCAGGGAGCGAAGAUGGUCGCCCGAGCCUGGGGGUGAGGGCUUUGACCAGAAGAUACAAAGUGCCAUCAGAAUGAGGAGACUCCGCGAAGAAGGCUUCUCGGAGGAGGGGCCCUGGGGUCAAUCCUGAAGACGGAGGGGAGUCAGGAAGGGGGAAGGGCGUGCCCAGGUGUGGAGCUGGGGCCGCUGGAAAGCCAGGCUGGGUCGUGGAGCAGGGGCCGGGGCAGUGGCUUACAGCAGGUUGGGGAAAAGAAGGCAGGAAUUGGGAUCUGGGGAGACCUCAGAGCUGCCUCUGAGGUUCAGGUGGGCAGUGAGGCCAAGUUGGGCCAGUCUGCCGUGUGCCUGUCCUGGUCGUGCCUGCGGAGCCCUGUGUGUACCCUGGCACCGGGCCGGUCUUUGAUGAGUGCUGCUUGUAUGCUGGGCGGGGUGAUAUGGGGUCGGUGCAAUUAGGAUGGCCAGUUUCCAGAUGGAAAACAGGCUUCGAGGGAUCAAGCACCUUGCUCACGGCGGAGCAGCUUUUUGAACCCCAUUCUGUCCCUCAUCCCACACCUGCCCGGGACUAGGGCUCUCGGAGUCCCCUCCCUGGCUAGGGGUCCAGAGGGCAGGGCUGUGGGCUACACAGCUUCUCCUUGCGGGCAGCCCAACUUUGGGGGCUUAGGCUCCCUUCCUCCUUCCUGGAGCCCCCAGGCCCUCCCAGGCGAAGCUGCCCCCAGGCGCCAGCUAGCUCUCGCUUGGGCCUUCUUGGGGCACCCUCGCCAGCCAUCUUCUGGCUCCCCCCAGGGCCAGGACCUUGCUUGAUGUGUUACCGGGGACUCCCUCACCAUAGCGGUGAGCACCCCAAGUGCGGGCCUCAGUCAGAGCCGCCUGAGAGAGAGGACGGGUCACAGCCCUGUCCGGAGGACCUUGCCUCGUGAAGGUGGCCUCCUCACUUCCUCCCGGGAAGCACCGGUCUGCGGGGCCAUAGCUCUUGCUUUUCUGCCAUGCCCAGUCGGCGCUGAGCCACGGUUCUUCCUCCCAAAGGAGGCCCGGGUCUGAUGGCUGUGGCCCAGGCAGUACCCUGUCCGACAGAGGAGGGAGUGCUGGUGGUGGAGUGUUUAGGCUCCAGCGCCUGCCGCCGCCACCACCACCACCGGGCAAGAGGCAGGUACGGGAUGGCGACAUGAGUAUCGCCGGUGCCCGGACCCCCCAGCUUCUUCCGGCAGCUCCCCCACAUGGACGGGGCCAGGUGGGCAGGCCUGGGUGGGGAGCCCGGGGAGACUUCCCUUCUCACCCCCCCUCCCCGCCCCGGGGUGCACACCUCUUAGCUCGCUGCAGGCAGGGGGUGGCCGGGAGGGGUGAGCGCUCCCACCUAACCCGCAGGCUCGGCGGCAUUCUGCUUCCAGGUUUCAGGCCAGACUCAGCCAAGAGGGGCACCACCUUUGUCACUUGUCGGUUGUCCUUGUCCGGAAGGGAGUCUCUCUCUGGACACUCAGGGGGAGCAGGAGGUUGGACCAGUCACCCCAAAAGAGCCCUCGCUUGGCUCUUGACUCUCCCUUGAAUGAGAUGCCGUGUGUGCAAAGGCCUCUCACAGCGCCUGGUCCCCGUGUCCCCCGAAUCCUGGCGGGGACAGGAAGAGCUGGCAGGCAGGUAGCAGUCUCCUAGGAAGCAGAAGGACCCAGCGUGCAUGUGGCCCCAGGCCCUUCCAGCCCAGGGUUCUUCAGUGAACUUAAUGGGCUUCUUUAAGCCACAAUUUGGAUAUGGCCUUGAGUCCCCAAAGUUGAGAAAGGGGAGCAACCUGCAGCUCACUGCCCUGUUCACCUCUUCUGCUGUUGGACUUGGCUUUCACUGUUGCUGAAAGGAGGGACCGCAGAGGCCGCUGGGUAGACAGCCAGGUGCUGACUUCUGUGACCAGCUGGCCCACCUGCCUCCCUUGAGUGCGCUGAGCGGAUCCAGAGGAGGGUUAGCCCCACGGUGGGGGGGGGGGGGGAUUGCCCUCUGCUGCGGGUUAACUCCAUGCACCUGAGUACUACCACCCAGUCCCCCAGCCCCGUGACAGCCCAAGGACACAGCCACCCACAGGGAUCUCUGCGCAGCACACCGGAAGUGCUCUGGGAAGACCAGUUUUUUAUCAGUACUUCCCCACGCCCAACAGUGUGGGCAGACGUCUGUCCCGCUCACCCAGCCCACAGUAGGUGCUCAGUAAAUGUCUGAGUGAGUGAAUGCCCGACACAACGGCCGUCAGGGAGCCUCCGUCUGGUGAAGGUACCAGGCAUGGAACCCACGAUCGUGGAACUGCUGAGUGUGUGCCCUCGACGUGGGGCGAGAGCGUGCUGUGGGAGCUCUGUCUCAAGACCGCUAUUUGAGAAAGGAUCAAGUCAGCGAUGACUAAAUUCGCAUGGGAAGUUAUGGGUAUAGAUAUACUUCAUCUUGCAACAUUUCUGCUCACUUGUAGUCAUUGCAGAUGACCCAGACGCCCAGUAUGCGUGAGGAACUGUCAAUGGUUUCAUUCCCUGGGCGGGUCGAAGAUCCGUUGUAUGCGACACAGGCUCUUCGUUCUAGGAAGCACUAACGGAGCAUUUACUUUGAAAAGUUGCACAAAGUGGGCCGCUGGUUCGGUCGUGGAGCUUGUGACUCCAUCUUGGGGUUGGGAGCCUGGGUGGCUGUCAGUGAAGCGUCUGCCUUUGGCUCAGGUCAUGAUCCCAGGGUCGUGGGAUGGAGCCUUGAGACCCUUAUGUUGGGCUCCCUGCUCAGAGGGGAGCCUGCUUCUCUGCCUCCCCACUCUAUCUCUGUUGCACUCUCUCUAAUAAAUGAAAUCUUAAAAAAAAAAGUUGCAUAAAAAAGGUAGAGAACAGUGGUAGGAGAGUCUAUGAAGUGAUUAAAAAAAAUUAUUUGACAGAGUAGGGGGAGCAGGAGAGGGAGAAGCACACUCCCCACUGGGCAGGGAGCCCGAUGCAGGACUCCAUCCCAAGACCCUGGGAUCAUGACCUGAGCCAAAGGCAGACACUUAACGGAGUCAGUCAGGUGCCCCAGAAAUUUUUAAAAAUAUUUAUUUAUUUGAGAGGGAGAGAGGGCGUGCGCAACACACUAGUGUGUGUGGCGGCGGGGCAGAGGGAGAGGGACAAGCAGAAGGACAAGCAGACUCGUUGCUGAGCUCAGAGCCUGAUGCAAGGCUCAGUCUCAUGGCCUCAGGUCACGGUCAAGAUCCUUCAGGAUCAGGAUCUGAGUCGAAAUCAAGAGUCGGAUGCUUCACUGACUGAGCCACCCAGGUGCCCCUGAAGUAAUAUUUUGAAAGACACAAAGUAAGGAUAGAAAAUUAAAAAUAAAACAUUAAAAAUAUUUGUACCACAUUUCAAUUUUAGAAACUUAAAUUCUUUAAAUUAUGAGCUUAUAUGUUUAUAUUCUGAACUUCAUCUUUUUAAACAGUGAAUUGGAGUGUUGGUCAUGCGAAUUAUAACCAAUGUUUUUAUGAAACAAAAAUAACACCAACUUCUUUGAAAGAAAUUACUUUUUUUUUUGAAAGAUUUUAUUUAUUUGACAUACAGAGAUCGCAAGUAGGCAGAGAGGCAGGCAGAGAGAGAGGGGGAAGCAGGUGUCCUGCUGAGCAGAGAGCCUGAUGUGGGGCUCGAUCCCAGGACCCUGAGAUCAUUACAUGAACCACCAGGUGCCCCAAGAAAUUACCUGUUUAAUAGAUCAUCUGCUUCCUAAGGGUGGAAGACAAGAAUUGCAAACUCAGUGACGAAGCCCUCAGUCCAAACAUUUGCAGCAAAGCUGGUCGGUUCUGGUUGAAGGAACAAGCUGACAAGGUAUGAUUAAGUAAUCUGCUUUUCCUGCUGAAAGUUUUACAAAUUUUAGUUAUAUUGAGAAAAUAAUGAUGAAGCAUUUUCACUUCUAUGAUAAAUACUUUUUUUUUUUUAGAUUUUAUUUAUUUAUUUGACAGACAGAGAUCACAAGCAGGCAGAGGCAGGCAGAGAGAGAGAGAGAGGAAGAAGGCUCCCUGCCGAGCAGAGACCCUGACUUGGGGCUCAAUCCCAGGACCCUGGAAUCAUGGCCUGAGCCGAAGGCAGAUGCUUUAACCCACUGAGCCACCCAGGCGCACCUGUGAUAGGUAAAUUUUAACAUUUAUUUAACUUACUGUUUGGAAUGAGACAUACUUUAUUUUU